UACCAACUUGCCAGAUAUAUUUAGAGUUGCCAUGAUUUGGACUCCCUUUGGACCAAACAAGAACCCCUUGUGACUGAAUGUAAUACAACAGACAUACACUUCCAGAUAAACACCGUCUCUCCCUCUCUCAAAAAUCUCUCUCGCCCAAAAAAGCAAUAUAGAUUAGGUGAAAAAGGAGGGAACCCCCUACACAACUUCACCUAAUCAGAAACACCCAUUAAUAUCAUUCUUUAGAUCUUGCUUUUAUUUCCUAUCUAAUCUGUGUUCAAGGAGGAAGGCUUGAAUUGGGUCUCAUCUGUUUGCUUUUGAAUGCACAUAGUUAGGUGCUUUUAGUGUGUGUAAUUGUCUGCUCCCAUGGCUUCUGUGGAGCGGCCUCGAAUCGGUUCUUCUAAUACGGUUUUCAAGAGUGGGCCACUGUUCAUAUCAUCAAAAGGUCUAGGUUGGAAAUCAUGGAAGAAACGUUGGUUUAUCCUCACGCGCACCUCUUUGGUCUUUUUCAAAAACGAACCUAGCUCGCUUCCCCAAAGAGGAGGUGAAGUAAAUUUGACGUUGGGAGGAAUUGACUUGAAUAAUUCAGGGAGUGUUGUUGUUAGAGAAGAUAAAAAGCUUCUAACUGUCCUGUUUCCUGAUGGGCGCGAUGGACGAGCAUUUACUCUUAAGGCAGAGUCAUCUGAAGAGUUGUAUGAGUGGAAGGCUGCCCUGGAACUUGCUCUUGCACAAGCCCCAAGUGCAGCCCUGUCGAUGGGACAUAAUGGGAUUUAUCGAAAUGACUCUAAUGAUACAGUGGAAGGUUCAUUCAAUCAAUGGAGAGAAAAGCGUCCUGUUAAGUCUUUAGUUGUUGGAAGACCUAUUUUGCUGGCAUUAGAAGAUAUAGAUGGAGGGCCGUCCUUCCUAGAGAAAGCUCUACAAUUUCUCGAGAAGUAUGGAACUAAAGUAGAAGGAAUUUUGCGACAAUCAGCAGAUGUUGAGGAAGUGGAUCACAGAGUUCAAGAAUAUGAACAAGGAAAGAGUGAUUUUGGUGAAGAGGAGGAUGCACAUGUUAUUGGUGACUGUGUUAAGCAUGUUCUUCGUGAAUUACCUUCAUCUCCCGUUCCUGCUUCUUGCUGCAACGCUUUGUUGGAAGCUUAUAAGAUUGACAGAAAAGAGGCUCGAUUGAAUGCAAUGCGUUCAGCUAUAUUGGAGACAUUUCCUGAACCAAACAGGAGGUUAUUACAAAGAAUCUUAAAGAUGAUGCACACAGUUUCAAUGCACUCUUCUAUAAAUCGAAUGACUCCGUCUGCUGUUGCUGCCUGUAUGGCUCCAUUACUUCUAAGACCUCUUUUAGCCGGCGAGUGUGAAUUGGAGGAUGAUUUUGAUAUGAAUGGAGACAGUUCUGCUCAGCUUCUUGCUGCUGCUAAUGCUGCUAACAAUGCUCAGGCCAUCAUAACGACACUUCUGGAGGAGUAUGAAAACAUUUUUGAUAAUGAUGCUAUGCAUAGAUGUUCUAUUUCUGCCGAUUCUCUGACUGAAAACAGUGUGAGUGAUGAUUCAACUGACGAUGGAACCUUGGACAUUAAGAAAAAUGGUUACCAUGAUGCAGAACAUGAAGUUGAUCAAGAGACUGAUGGUGAUCAGGAUCGUGUACUUAGUGGAAAGUUGAGUGAAACAAGUGGCUAUGGUGGUAGUGAUCUUUAUGAUUAUAAGGUGUAUGGAGCUAAUGAUUUAGAUGUUGGGUCCCCUGCCGAUAAAUAUAUUUUGGAAGCAGAGUCCAGUACACAUGCAGACUCUCAAUCACGUGUAAAUUGCCAAGCCAAUGAACAACAAGUUUUACAACCUAAGGCAGUUGAGAAUGGAUUAAGCACUUCUCUUGCAUUACCUGGUGUUGACUCUUACCGGUCUAUGGGGCAAAUUCUAUCCUCGAUGGAUAAAGAGAUACCUUUAUCAGUCUCCAGAACAGAAUCAAGUAAUGAAAGGUCAAUGGGAAAACCUGCAAGCUCCAAUCUCAAUGCUAAGCGGUCAACAAUUUGGGGAAGAAGUAGUACCAGGAAGACACCCUCAAUGGAGUCGAUUGAUUCUUCUGGAGAGGAAGAGCUUGCUCUCCAGAGGCUUGAAAUUACCAAAAAUGAUUUGCGGCACCGAAUUGCAAAGGAGGCUAGGGGAAAUGCAAUAUUGCAGGCUAGCUUGGAGAGAAGGAAACAAGCAUUGCAUGAUCGUCGCAUGGCACUUGAGCAAGAUGUUUCAAGACUUCAAGAGCAGUUACAAGCUGAGAGAGAUUUGAGGGCUGCACUUGAAGUUGGCUUAAGCAUGUCUUCUGGCCAGUAUUCAGGAUCUUGUAACAUGGAUUCAAAGACAAGGGCUGAACUUGAAGAGAUUGCUCUUGCUGAAGCUGAUGUUGCUAGAUUGAAACAAAAAGUUGCUGAACUUCAUUAUCAGCUAAAUCAGCAACGUCAAAAGCACUAUGGUUCCUUGUCUGAUGCCUGUGAUCGCCACCAGCAUGUGCAUAAUAAUCAUAGCACUCAACAGAAAUAUUUCCAGCAAGACUUUGAUACAUCACUUGCUUUUGUUAAUUAUGAGAGAAAACAGAGAAUCGAGGAGACUUCAUUGGGGAAUAGGAAUCUAAAAGGAGAAGGAUUGACAUCCAGUAGCAGUAAUAGGCAGCCUGUUCGGAAGCAACUCAUGGAAUCAGCAAGUUUUAGUGAUUCUAAAAGUACUGAAUCCUCUUCCAUGGAGAAUAUUGGGGCUUUUAAUCCUGCCUCUGUCCCUUCUUCAUCAAGGGCAGCACAGCUGAUGGAUUAUCCUAGGCAUCAGUCUGUAGCUUCUUCAACCCUUGUCGAGCUGACAUCACGUCUUGACUUCUUCAAGGAACGUCGCUCUCAGCUAAUGGAACAACUCCACAGCCUAGAUUUAAACAAUGGAACAAGAUCUCCGCAAGAUUUUAUGUAUAAUUCAACACCAAACUGGAAUUGAUGGUGAAGGACACCCAUAAAUUAUGGCGAUCUCUCAACACCUGUACAUCCUUCUGCCUCACAGCACAUAUUCUUUCACCUUGCAAAUUUGCAAUAUUUGGUACUUCCCUGAAUAUUGUUCUUGUUUGAAAUUUGUUGUCAAUUUUGCCAAGAGUCUGGCUGUCUCUCAAAUGAGAUUUUGUUUCUUAAUUUAAUUUGGUUUGUAUUUAUGUAUUUGUAAAAUAUUAAGCAUUUUAGGUGCCUCCAUGUACAAGGAAAAGACUUAGCAGGAACAAAGCUUGGGAAAAGAAAUAUUUACAGAUUGUUUAAGUUCUGUUCUUCA